UCUGGGCUGAGCGGGGCCGUCUGUCAGGCCGCGCGAUUCUGUUCCCUCAGCCCCGCUCCUCUCGGUGCUUGCCUCGCUCUCCCUUCCCCGCCGUCAUCCUUCCGUCCUUCCCCUGCUCCGCGCAGAGGGGAUCCCGAAGGUAAUGUGACUUUCUAGCAUGGACACUGUUGCUAGCCAUAGUUGUCAUCUACUCCAGCAGCUACAUGAGCAGCGCAUUCAGGGUCUUCUCUGUGACUGCAUGUUGGUGGUAAAAGGUGUCUGCUUCAAAGCACACAAAAAUGUGUUAGCUGCUUUUAGUCAGUAUUUCAGGACCCUUUUUCAGAAUUCUUCAGGCCAGAAGAAUGAUGUCUUUCAUUUGGACAUUAAAAAUGUAGGCGGGAUAGGCCAGAUCUUGGACUUCAUGUAUACCUCCCAUCUGGAUCUUAGUCAGGACAAUGUACAAGCUAUGUUGGAUAUCGCGCAAUGUCUUCAAGUGCAAAAUGUGCUGAAUAUUUGCCACACCUUUUUAAAAUCUUCUACAGCCAUAGAGCAAGCUACCGGCAUGCCUUGUAAUAGUGUAUUUUCUCUGCAGAAUAGUUUGACUGCGGAUACUAGUUGUGCCAAUGACAGUUAUGGAACAAACCUGUUGCAAGAAUGUUCAUCUGACACACAGGCUAACAAAGUCUUGGCUGACCACCAUUCUCAUGCAUCGCAGUCUGUUAAUCUUCAUGCACCCUCAGGUGAUUUACAGAAACAGUCACACAGCUCCUUAGAUGGCAACUGUGCAGAACAUCCAUUUAAACAGCCAAGUUACUAUUAUAAACUGCGCAACUUUUACAGCAAACAGUUCUAUAAGCAAAAUGCUUGCUCUAAUAAUGAGAGGGUAGCAGAACAAUCCUUUUCUUACAAUACGUCUACAGAAGUAAACGCAGUACAGAGUAAUUCUUGUCCUGUCAGUCACCCUGAAUGUAUUCUGGAAACCUCUGAACAUUUACCAUCAAACUUUCUGGUUCAGUCCUUGAAUGAAGCCGCUCCAGAUCAAGAUGCAGAAAGCAUGCUUUUGCAGCCCACCAAACAGAUGAGGCUGAAAAAGGCAGUACACCUCAAAAAGUUGAAUUUUCUGAGAUCUCAGAAAUCUGCAGAGCAGCCCCCCGAGCCUAAAAGAGAUGACAGCAGAAUAACAAGAGUAAAUGAAUCCGUAAAUGAAAGUAGCACUCCUGUGACAAAUGUCAGAGUUGCUGAAGAAAAAGAAGCUGAAGACUUGGUAAAUUCUGAGAAUUUUGAGCAAACUGUUGAAAUUGAAAGAUCUCAGGGUCCUUUGGAACAAGAAGGACAGUCACAGACUCUUCAGUCACAGAAGCAAUAUACUUGUGAAUUGUGUGGGAAGGCUUUCAAACAUCCAAGCAAUUUGGAGCUCCAUAAAAGGUCCCAUACAGGUGAAAAACCUUUUGAAUGUAACAUUUGUGGGAAACACUUCUCACAGGCAGGUAAUCUCCAGACGCAUUUACGUCGACAUUCUGGUGAGAAGCCGUACAUUUGCGAGAUCUGUGGGAAAAGAUUUGCUGCUUCUGGUGAUGUUCAGCGUCACAUUAUUAUUCAUUCUGGAGAAAAGCCUCAUCUGUGUGAUAUCUGUGGCAGAGGAUUCAGUAACUUCAGUAAUUUAAAGGAGCACAAGAAGACUCAUACAGCAGAUAAAGUAUUCACCUGUGAUGAAUGUGGGAAGUCAUUCAACAUGCAACGAAAAUUAGUAAAGCACAGGAUUAGACAUACUGGAGAGAGACCAUACAGCUGUUCAGCAUGUGGGAAAUGUUUUGCAGGCUCUGGUGACCUGCGUAGACAUGUGCGGACGCAUACAGGAGAAAAACCCUAUACCUGUGAAACUUGUAACAAAUGCUUCACUCGCUCUGCUGUUUUACGACGGCACAAGAAAAUGCAUUGCAAAGCCACUGAUGAAGGUCCAAACACACUAGAUGAGUUUACUCAAGGGAUUGAAACUUCUGAUCUCGACAAAUCUCAGAGCUCUGACUCUUUUGGCCAAGAAAUGUCUGUCACUUUGUUACCAGUGUCAGUUAAAUUUCCCAUUCGUCCAACUGCAAAUUCAACUGAAUUUGGUAAUUCUGCGGAUUCUUACUGUAAGCUGCGAUCAACGAUUCAACACCAUGACUCAGCAAACCAACAGAAAUUGAAUGUGGAUUCAGCUAAACUCCCAAAAGCUCAGACACAGCAACCUCCGCCACCACCAUAUGCUUAUGCAGAUGUAGAUGGAUCUUCUGCAGAAGAAACGUUGGAGUCUGAUAAUAUUUCCAUGAUUCGUUCCUCUAUGGUUAGUUUGGACAGUCAUUGUAAUGAGCCACUAGGCAGUCGAACAUCAUCUGUUGCAUACAAGAAUAGUGAAGGACCAUUCUUCUCUAGCAUGACCCUCUGGGGUUUAGCUAUGAAGACUUUGCAGAAUGAAAGUGAAUUGGAACAGUAAAGGCGCAAGUUACUAAAUCAGAAUUUCUUAGAGGCAUUUCAUGCAAUAGAUAUGUCUGUCUUGUGAUUACACUGCAGUGUAAAGAGGUCUGAGCUAGUUUUUAAACCCCUAGCUUGAGUACUGGUAGAAAUCAAGGUACAUGCCCAGAAUCCAAUGUAGGCUGCCUUUACACUGCUGCUCAGCCAAGUUCAAUUCUGGUUUUGAGGAUCUUUGUUCUUCUGUGACUACACUGUGUAGCUGAUGUACUAAAACUAACCAUUUAACUAUUUCUUUAAAUCUGAUAAUAGAGGAAAGGAGGGGCCAAUGUCUGAUUUCAUUAUAUGAGUGCAAUUCAACUGCGGGCCAUCAGAAUGAUGUGAGGAUAUACACAGGUUACUCCCAAAGUGAUGUCUCCUAUUUGUUUCCAUAGAAACUUCAACAGAUAAAAAGAGCACAAGAACACUGUAUGAUAGAGCAAGCAAAUUCUCAGUUACCUUAGACUUUUUUUUUUAGCAUUAGCUAUGCAUUUUUUGCAAGCAAUGGACAGAGCCUGCAUGUCACACUCGUAAAAAGUCUGCACGGAUGUCCAGAACGUGGGCUGUCUUUCAUAUCACUGUUGCCACUGCUGAAAUGCACCACCCACUGCUUCACUGUGCUCACAUCCACUGUUUGGUCUCCAUGUAUGUUUAGCAAGUAUCAAUGAAUGCAAAUGGGCUUAAUUUUUUUCCUCGCGGAGGAAGUCAUUGACACAUCUUCGCUUCAUACACACUUCUUUGUUAAACACCAUUUUGUCAGACUGUACCUCUACUGCCAUACCAUCAACAUCUGACAUCAUAGGCUGAUAUCAUAAAGUAGGAGGCAUUACUUUUGGAGCAACCCUCAGAGAUGUGACAAGUGGAAAAUAUUGAACAAAUCCCUGGUGAACUUGGGUUUGAAAAGUGGUUUUCUUACCAGUAGGACCAUUGGUUUACAUGACUUGAGUAUUGUGAUAUUAAAAUUAAAUGUUAAAUACUGGAUAAUAUUUGUGAUAGUGCAAAGUAACUGUAUAUCUAGAAACUUUAUUUUUUUUACAAUAAAAUCUUUUUUAGUAUUUUAUAAACUAUUUUGCAUAGAAGAUUAUUUGUACAAUGAAGAUCAAGAUCAGGAAAUGCUAACUUAAUUUGAAUAAAGGGAAGAUGUUUUACGUUGUAUCUUAA